AGGCAAGAGGGCAGGUAAGCGCUGGCGGUGAGGCGAACGGACGUGGCUGCAGGGCGCGGGUUUCGCGAGGCCUUCGAGCUUCGUACCCCCUAGCAGUCCCAGAGAUUCCGGGGAUCGAUCUCCUCCGACCUGGAGCCUACCCCCGCCGCUGCGGCGUCACCGGGGCAAGAAACCGUCCAGGCCCCUGGUGGCGGAAGGGAAGGAGUGGGCUGGGGGGAGGGGAAAGCAGAGGAGAGAGGGCGGUUCUUGCCCCCGAAGGGUUGGGAAGGGGGAAGGGGGUGUAGCUGCGAACUGUCAACCUUAUCACCUGCAACCCCAGCCCCCAGACCUGCAGCCUCGGUCCAUUCUUCUCCGAGCCCCUUCUAGCCAGGUGUGUUCAAAGAAUCAUACAGAGCCUCAGCCCGCGAAGGGACCUUGGAGAUCAUGUAGCCCAAUCCGCACACUUUGCACAUGGGGAAACUGAGACCCAGAGAUAAGGCACUGAUCUAAGGUCACAAGGACCACAAUUAACAAAGGCAAAAUUGAACCCAGGAUUCCUGAUUCCAGAUCCACUGCUCUUUAUACUAUGCUGUUGUCCGAAGGUUCUGCUGGUUAACGUUUGAAAAUGGCAGAAAUCCUGGAAUUCAGCAUGAUGUAAUAGUAAGAGCUCACUUUGAAAUUGGAAGACUUGAGUUCAAAUCCCAUCUGCAACACACUGCAUGCCGGACGCUGGAGAAGUCAUUUUCCUUCCUUCUGCCCUCUUGUGUAAAAUGAAGAGAAUGGACUAAAUGAUCUCCAAGGACCUUCACAGUUCUGAAUCUUAGGAUUCUACUGCUAUGAAGGUACAGAAUCAUAAUUUGCAGAAGGUGUAAACAGAAGUCACCUGUGUGACCCAGGGUUAGACGCAGACUUCUUGUCAGUAUUCUUAAAACCAUGAUUCCCACUGUUUCAAUCCCACGAUUAAUUGAACUCUUGAUUCCAGCUAGUGGGAGUUCAAAGGGACAUUUUGUGGCAGAACUUCUCCUCUAGGUUAGGAUCAUACCCUUGAAUAGCCAUAACUUCCACCUAAAACAGUAUUAGGGGAUCUAUCAUCUGUUAAUGUGUCUAAAUUCAUCCUCAGCCACUUCGUAUUUCUCACCUGGACUACUUCCUGAGGUAGAUGUGUAGAACAUGGAGUUACUGAAUAACAGAGCUGGAAGAGACCUCAAAGAUCAUCUAGCCUAGCCCCAAGACACUACAUGGUGUCGUUGAAAGAGUACUGAGCAUAAGAUCCAGGAGACGUUGGUUUAAAUCCCAGCUUUAACACUAGCUUUGUGGCAGUGGGUUGGACACAUUCAGCUUGCUUAGAAGUCAACAUUUUCCAAGAUGGGUGAAAGAAAAGGUGUAAACAAGUACUACCCUCCAGACUUUGAUCCAGCAAAGCAUGGCUCUCUCAAUCGAUACCACCACAGCCACCCACUUCGGGAGAGGGCACGGAAACUUUCUCAGGGCAUUCUUGUCAUCAGAUUUGAGAUGCCUUAUAACAUCUGGUGUGAUGGCUGUAAGAACCACAUUGGCAUGGGUGUUCGUUACAAUGCUGAAAAGAAGAAGGUUGGCAAUUAUUACACAACCCCAAUCUACAGGUUCAGAAUGAAAUGUCACCUCUGUGUCAACUACAUUGAGAUGCAGACAGAUCCUGCCAAUUGUGACUAUGUGAUUGUGAGUGGUGCCCAGAGGAAGGAAGAGCGCUGGGACAUGGCAGACAAUGAACAGAUCUUGACCACAGAGCAGGAGAAGAAACAGAAGCUGGAGACGGACGCCAUGUUCCGCCUGGAGCAUGGCACCACAGACCAGAGCAAGUUGCAGAAGGCCAUUCCCACCCUGUCCAACAUCCAGGAAGCCCAGAGCGCCUGGAAGGAUGACUUUGCCCUUAACAGCAUGCUAAGGAGGAAGUUUAGGGAAAAGAAAAAGGCCAUAAAGGAAGAGGAGGAAAAAACACUGGCCCUACAGACCAAGGCAAACCUCAGUAUCCCCCUGGUGCCUGAAACAGAGGAGGACCGGAAGCUUGCUGCCCUGCUCAAAUACCACAGCCUGGACUCAUAUGAAGACAAACAGAAAUUGAAACGGACAGAAAUCUUCGGCCGCUCCUGGUUCCCUUCUACCCCAGUACCUGGGGCCAGCAACAGCAAGGUGAACAGUGUCCUCAAGAAGCUGGCGAUUAACCGAAAAUCCAUGCCCAGUGGGUCCUCCAUCACUAGCAGCCACCUAGGAAUUGUUCGUAGGAGGUCUAGGGAUGGCCUGGAGAGUCCUCAAGAGUCAGGUGACGCUCCAGAGCUAAGUGGAAUGAAGGAGGAGGAAGAAAACCCCGUAGGAGGAUCUUCAUCAGAUAAAGAUUAUUCCCCAGAUGUGGAGACACAGUCAGGCCCUAGCAGCGCCUCUAUCCUCAGUUCUUCACUAGUGGCAGACUAUUCAGACUCUGAGAGUGAUUAAUGUUGUCAUUCACUCCAUCCUAGGCUGGUCUCACACCUUUGCCUCCCUCUCCAAGAAAUUCAGGGUUACCUCUGCCAUCUAAAGUGUGUGCUUACUCCCCAGGAGGCUUCCACUCAACAAAGAAACUUUAUAUGGGCUGCUUCUUACCAGGCCUUCCAAGAACCAAGAAAUUCUGUCUCUUCCCCCCUUCCUUCCUGCCACCUCCAUGUCUCUGUAAAUAAUUGGGUUUUUAUUUAUUUAACUGAGGAGGGAGUGUGUGGUGUCUGGCUUGAAUCUCUGACAUGAGUUAUUAAACCCCCACCUAUUCAAUCCA